UUGAAAACGAAGAAGACUGAAUCGGAAGUGACGACACAACGUCCGGUUAUAGCCAUUUCUGCAUGCCACGAUUGUUUUGUUAUUUAUGGUGUUUCUACCCAACUAACAGAAACUAUGAGUUCUCCGCGUGAGAAACACGGCACUAAACGACCAGCGUCUUCGAGCGAAGAGGAGUCGACCCAAUGGGCCUCGGCUGACCUGGGAAGCGACGAAAGGAAGCAGAAGUUUCUCCGGCUGAUGGGAGCCUCCAAGGUGAAAGAACGCACUGGACGUCUUGUCAUUGGCGACCACAAGUCGACGUCACACCUCCGCAGUGGAACGGAGGACGAGCAAAUUAGCGAGCGCCUCGAGAUGCAGUACCAGCGCGGCAUGGACGAGAAGUUGUCGGGGCGCAACCGGCGACACUGCGGACUCGGCUUCAGCGAGUCUGAGCCGGGUGAGGUCGUCCCGCCUGCGUCGGACACACCCGCUACCGAGUCCAAAGACCUUGAGGACAAAGUGUGCGACGCAAACAAGACGGAGAGCGCAGCAGAAAAGGACACAAGCAUCCCAGAAAAAAGCGAGACGGAAGUGAGCGAACGGAAAAGUGCUUACAAAAUGUCUUUUGUCAAGUCAUCAUAGGAGAUAUUAAAGAAUUAUUUUUUCA